AUGCUGUAUGCCAUGGGCUGUAUUCAGAGUAUUAGCUGCAAAUCCAAAGUUUUCCGGGAAAGUAUUUCGGUGAUCGAAGUCAAAGCCUCCAUCGAUCCUGUUCCCACCAGCAUCGACGAGUCCUCCAGCGUGGUCCUGCGCUACCGGACCCCUCACUUCCGAGCCUCCGCGCAAGUGUUGGUGCCCGCUAUCCCCAAGAAGGAGACCUGGAUCGUGGGCGGGAUCCAGGCUUGCAGCCACAUGGAAUUUUACAAUCACUACGGGGAACAGGGCAGGUCAAGUUGGGAGCUUCCGGAUCUACUGGACGGUAAAAUCCAGGCCAUCAGUGACUCAGAUGGAGUGAACUAUCCCUGGUAUGGAAACACGACAGAAACCUGCACCAUCGUGGGUCCCACAAAGAAGGAGUCCAGGUUCAACAUCAGCAUGAACGACAACUUCUACCCGAGCGUGACGUGGGCAGUGCCCGUCAGCGACAGCAACGUGGCCAAACUCACGAGCAUUCACCGGGAUCAAAGCUUCACCACCUGGCUGGUUGCAACCAACACAGCUACCAACGAAAUGGUGACCUUGCAGACUAUCAAAUGGCGCAUGAGGCUGGGCAUCGAGGUGAAUCCCAGCAGACCCUUGGGGCACCGUGCCAAGCUGCAGGAGCCCUCUGCUCAAGAGCAGCCCCAGGUCCUUAGCAAGAAUGAGCCAAUACCACCCAGUGCCCUUGUCAAACCCAAUGCCAAUGAUGCUCAGGUACUCAUGUGGAGGCCAAAGGAUGGACCACCACUUGUGGUGAUACCUCCGAAACAUCGAUAA